CACUUGUUAUCAGGUCCUCGAAGCUCUCCCCCAUCGACGACGAGGACGUCGACGGCCUCUGGCCCCUUCGUCGUCGUUGCCACCAAGGACCCACCGUCGCACGCCGCCGGCCGGGUGAUCCGGGGAGGCUGAAGGGCUUGGGGGCUGCGCAUCUGAUGCCGUCACGUCUUUCCUUUUCUGCUCUUGGCUACGACCACCAUGUCCGCUCCUUCUCCCUUUGGGCCCAACGCACAGCGGCGCCAGCCGUUCGACUCCCCCGCGUCCAGCACCAGCCUCCUCCCCAGCGGAAACUCUUUCCCUCAUUCCACCAGCGCUCCCAGAUCAGGCCCGAAUGCGACUGGCUCGCCAUAUUCGGUUGCGAGCGGCUUUGAUAGCAAGUCCACGCUUGCUGGCUCCAUCUCAGAUAAGUUUUCCCUCCCACCGGAUCCCAUGAUGUGGGGGGCUUCCAACUUGUCGCGCGAUGUACAAGAACCCGACGAUUACCUUCACAAUCCCGAUCCCAAGCGCGACAGAAGGCGAGACCGCGGUGGCACGAUCUUCACUGCCCGUGGUUUCUACAACCUUGGCUUUUUGCUGCUUCUCGUACUUGCCAUGGUUGGGCUCUUUGCCGGCUACCCUUUGGCGAGUUUCUUCACCAAGCAGACUCAGUCCAACAACGGUGGUUUCAACCUUGGUGGUAUCAACGGCUCCGGUCAGGUCCCAGAAAUGAACGGAAACUGGGGUGCCAUUGACUUGGACACGCCGGAGGAAGUCAAGACGAAGAAGGGCCCGACCAACGGCGAUGACAUGGUUCUCGUUUUCUCGGACGAGUUCAAUGUCGACGGUCGUACCUUCUACCCUGGCGAUGACCCGUACUGGGAGGCCGUUGACCUGCACUACUGGGGUACGAACAACAUGGAGUGGUACGACCCAAGCGCCAUCAACACCACCGGUGGCGCUCUCCGCGUGACGCUCGAUGCUAAGCCGAACCACGACCUCGACUACACUGGCGGUAUGAUGUCGACCUGGAACAAGUUCUGCUUCACCGGUGGUCUAGUCGAGGUCGCGGUUGAACUCCCGGGUGCGAACAACAUCGUCGGCUUGUGGCCCGCCGUGUGGACGAUGGGUAACCUUGGUCGCGCGGGUUACGGUGCGAGUUUAGACGGAACAUGGCCGUACACUUACGACUCUUGCGACGUCGGUACUGUGGCCAAUCAGACCAAGAACGGUCUUCCUAGGGCGGCUACUAUUGAUGGAGACAAGUCGUAUGACGAUGUCCUGUCGUACCAGGGUGGACAGCGUCUUUCCCGUUGCACUUGCCCUGGCGAGAUUCAUCCCGGACCCAUGCACUCGGACGGUACCUACGUCGGCCGUGCAGCUCCCGAGAUCGAUAUCUUCGAAGCCCAGGUCUCCCCGACUGAGGGUGGUCACGUCUCGCAGUCCUGCCAGUGGGCGCCGUACAACUACGCCUACCAGUGGUUCAACACGUCCGACAACCUCAUCAUCUACGACGACGAGAUGACCCAGCUGAACUCGUACAUGGGUGGUGUCUACCAGCAGGCCACCUCCGCCGUGUCGUUGACCAACCAGGAGUGCUACCAGCUUGAGACCGGCUGCUACGCGGUCUACGGUUUCGAGUAUGUUCCUGGCUUUGAUGAUGCUUACAUCACCUGGCUCAACGAUAACCAGAAGGCGUGGACCAUGAAGGCUGCUGGUAUGGCCGCCGACACGCGUGUCGAGAUCGGACCGCGUCCCAUCCCCGAGGAACCGCUCUACCUCAUUAUCAACUUGGGUAUGAGUAGGAAUUUCGGUGAUGUCGACUUGGACCAUUUGACGUUCCCAGCCGUCAUGUCCAUCGACUGGAUUCGCGUGUACCAGAAGGCCGACUCGGUCAACAUCGGCUGCGAUCCGCCCGAGUUCCCGACUGCCGCGUACAUUGCGCAGUUCCCGGAGGCGUACAGCAACCCCAACUUGACAACAUGGGUCGACGACUACAAGCAGACCGUCCCCAAGAACAGCUUCUUGGACGAGUGCUAAUGGACGCGCUGCUCACGAGUCGUUAUGUCAUUUAUGUACGACCACCGGGCCUCGCACGGUCGAGAGUGUCCGGGGUGUUGAGCAUCGGAGGGCGAGUUCCCCAGCAUAGGGGGGAGUACCACUUUAGCAGGGGCGUACCCGCCCGUGGAAAGCAUCGGACUUAUCAAGCGAUCUACUUAAUCUACUAUCAGCGUACGUGCGGCCAGUUUCGCAUUCAUAGCCUGUAUACCUGGUCGCGUUGGCCUCCAUAACAUACCUGUCGUCCGCCAGCCCUCACCAUCGUCUUUCUUUCUGGCAUAGAUCUACAAAUUGUACUCUGCCUUGGACGCGGGCAAGUGUAUAAUGGAGACUGGAUUUUGGAUUGGA